AGACGAGACCAGAGGCCGAACUCGGGUUCUGACAAGAUGGCCGGCCUGCUCCACAGGAUCAUCAAGGAAACCCAGCGUUUGCUGGCAGAACCAGUUCCUGGCAUCAAAGCAGAACCAGAUGAGAGCAACGCCCGUUAUUUUCAUGUGGUCACUGCUGGCCCUCAAGAUUCCCCCUUUGAGGGAGGGACUUUUAAACUUGAGCUAUUCCUUCCUGAAGAAUACCCAAUGGCAGCCCCUAAAGUAUGUUUCAUGACCAAAAUUUAUCAUCCUAUUGUAGACAAGUUGGGAAGAAUAUGUUUAGAUAUUUUGAAAGAUAAGUGGUCCCCAGCACUGCAGAUCCGCACAGUUCUGCUAUCAAUCCAGGCCUUGUUAAGUGCUCCCAAUCCAGAUGAUCCAUUAGCAAAUGAUGGAGUGGAGCAGUGGAAGACCAAUGAAGCCCAAGCCAUAGAAACAGCUAGAGCAUGGACUUGGCUAUAUGCCAUGAAUAAUAUUUAAAUUGAUCCGAUCAUCAAGUGUGCAUCACUUCUCCUGUUCUGCCAAGACUUCCUCCUUUUUGUCUGCAUUUAAUGGACACAGUCUUAGAAAUAUUACAGAAUAAAAAAGCCCAGACAUCUUCAGUCUUUUGGUGAUUAAAUGCACAUUAGCAAAUCUAUGUCUUGUCCUGAUUCACUGUCAUAAAGCAUGAGCAGAGGCUAGAAGUAUCAUCUGGAUUGCUGUGAAAUGUUUAAAAGCAGUGGCCCCUCCCUGCUUUUAUUCAUUUCCCCCAUCCUGGUUUAAGUAUAAAGCACUGUGAAUGAAGGUAGUUGUCAGGUUAGCUGCAGGGUUGUGGGUGUUUUUCUUUAUUUUAUUUUAUUUUUUU